AUGUCUGGCGAACAAGCACCACGCCUGCGCCUGGGUAGCAAGGCUCCCAACUUCAAGGCCGAGACCACCGCUGGCCCCAUCGACUUCCACGAGUUCAUUGGCGACAAAUGGGUCGUCCUCUUCUCUCACCCAGAGGACUACACACCAGUGUGCACCACUGAGCUCGGCGCCUUCGCCAAGCUCGAGCCUGAAUUCACCAAGCGCAAUGUCAAGCUCAUUGGCCUGAGUGCCAACACUAUCGACAGUCAUGGUGGAUGGAUCAAGGACAUCGAUGAGAUUUCUGGUAGCACUCUUCGUUUCCCGAUCAUUGGCGACAAGGAGAGGAAGGUUGCGUUUUCGUACGACAUGCUCGAUCACCAGGACAUCCAGAACGUCGACUCAAAAGGCAUUGCUUUCACGAUUCGCUCUGUCUUCAUCAUCGACCCCAAUAAGACCAUCCGCUUGAUCCUUUCCUACCCUGCUUCCACUGGCCGCAACACCGCUGAGGUUCUCCGCGUGGUCGACUCUCUGCAGACUGGCGACAAGCACAAGAUCACCACUCCUAUCAACUGGGUUCCAGGUGAUGAUGUGAUCGUGCACCCCUCUGUCAAGACUGCCGACGCCGAGAAGAUCUUCCCCAAGAUGACCGUCGUCAAGCCCUACCUUCGCUUCACCCCUCUACCUCGCGAACAGACCAGCGCUGCCGUUUGA